AUGGGAAGAGCAGAAGGCAGAUUUACUGAGGCAGUAACUGUGGACUCACGUGCUGACUGGGGUGGACAUGGCGGCUGGGUGGUGGAGGUCGUGGAUUCAGGGAAGGGAGGAGCAGGUGGAAGCAUCGAGGGGUGUUGCGUGAAGGAGGAGCUCCCCCCAUGGGUGGUCGGGGAGGAGGAGGAACAGCCAUGUUCGGCCCUGGCCCACCCCCACCUGCUCCCCCUGCACCAGGCGCAGGGGGAGGGGGGGGCUGCCCCGGCCGCCACCCCCCUUGGUGGGGCUGAGGGGGAGGAGGAGGCAUGGCGUAACCCUGGCCAGGUGGGGGAUACGAGGGGGGAGGGCCGCCAGGAGUGGGGUAGCGGGGAGGGGGAGGGUAGCCCCCCCCUGGUGCUCCGCCCUGAGGGGAAGGGGGCGGAUAGCCUCCCCCUGGUGCUCCGCCCUGAGGGGGAGGGGGCGGAUAUCCUCCCCCUGGUGCUCCGCCGUGGGGAGGAGGGGGGGGAUAUCCCCUUCCUGGUGCUCCCCCAUGGGGGGGCGGGGGACCAUAGCCCCCCCCUGGUGCUCCGCCAUGGUGGGGAGGGGGGGGCAUGCGAGGCGGGGGGGCAUAGUGCUGGGGAGGGGGCGGGGGCUGGUUUUGCUGCCAGUGCUGGGGGGGAGGAGGUGGCAUCUGGUGGGGGGGGUACUGUUGGGAUGGAGGUGGGGGGCGCAUCUGGGGAGUGGGGUAGUACGGGGGAGCAGGGGAUGCGCCCGCACCGCCAUAGGAUGGGGGAGGAGGGGGGCGGUAAGGAGAAGGUGCAGGCAGGGUUGCAGGGGGAGCAGGAGAGGUGUACGGGCGAGGAGGGGGAGGGGCGGCAGCAGCAGGGAUGGAAGAUGGAGGUGGGCGAGAGGGGGGAGGAGGAGGGGGAGCGGAGGGGGGAGCUGCAGCAAACAUGGUGUGCGGGCGAUGGCGCGUGGUGGACGGGUUGUUGGCUGCCAGCAGUCGCUCUGAAGAAGGGAGAGAGGGCGGGGACAAGGGGAGCAGAAGGAGACGGAUAA